AUGAAGCGCAUCUUCUCCUGCUCCAGCUCACAGGUGGCGGUGGAGAGAUGGAACCGUCGUGAUCAGAAGCUGCUGGAGGCAGUGCAGCAGGGGGAUGUGGGACGCGUGGCUGCCCUGGCGUCUAGGAAGUCAGCCCGGCCCACCAAGCUAGACUCCAAUGGCCAGUCCCCAUUUCAUCUGGCAGCCUCCAAAGGCCUGACAGAGUGUCUGACUAUCCUGCUUGCAAAUGGGGCUGACAUCAACAGCAAGAAUGAGGAUGGAAGCACUGCCUUGCACUUGGCUACCAUCUCCUGUCAGCCACAGUGUGUCAAGGUCCUACUUCAGCAUGGUGCUAAUGAAGAUGCUGUGGAUGCAGAAAACCGUAGUCCAUUGCACUGGGCAGCCUCCUCUGGCUGUGCUUCAAGUGUGCUCCUGCUGUGUGACCAUGAAGCCUUCCUGGAUGUGUUGGAUAAUGAUGGACGCACACCCCUGAUGAUUGCAUCACUGGGCGGUCACACAGCAAUCUGCUCACAGUUGCUGCAGAGAGGUGCCCGAGUCAAUGUUACAGACAAGGAUGACAAGUCGGCUUUGAUCCUGGCCUGUGAGAAAGGCAGUGCUGAGGUGGCAGAACUGCUCCUGGCUCACGGAGCAGAUGCAGGGGCAGUGGACAGAACAGGGCAUGAUGCUUUGCAUUAUGCUCUGCACACAAAGGACGAGGCACUGUGGAGGCUGCUACAGCAGGCCUUGAACCGGCGGCGGAGAGGUGGUCAAAGUCUAGUUCAAUGCCCAGAUUUUGCAUCUAAGGCCUCUCCACUUGAGUCCCAGGUGGGUUCUCCACCUAAGAGCCCAUGGAGAGCAGAGCCUGAGGAGGACCGGGAGGAAGAGGAGGAUGCAAACCCUUGCUCAGAGGAGUGGAAGUGGAAGUAUGAAGAGCAGCAGAAGAAAGUUUCUCAGUUGGAGCAAGAGCUGGUGAGAAAAACAGAGGAGUGUAAGACUCAAGCUGCAGCCUACCUGGGCUUGGAGAACCAAAUUCGAGAGCAAGUGCGGGAGCUAGGGCUCCUCCUAUGCCAGGAGCCUGCAGCUCCUGGAAGGCAGGACUCUAGUCUUCGGCCUGGAGGGGAUGGCAUGGAGCAGGGUUGUCCCCUGGACCUGCUGGCCAAGUGUAUACAAGAACUAAAGAAGCAGCAGCAGGCAGCAGCCAUAGUCAACCCAACAUUAGCUUCUAAGAAAGCUGAGGAUUCAGCCCCAGGAGAGACCCAAUAUGAAGUCCAUGGAAGGUCCCAACCAGAAGAACAGGGGCUAUUCCAGAGCCCAAGGUCUGAGACCACUGGAAAAGCCACAGGACAGCAUUUGACUACCAAUGGGGGACAGACCCUUGACCCUGAUCACAAUGAACAGUUGCCUACUGGCCAGAAGGAGAAUCCCCAGGUCCCAGGAGUGGAAACAGCAGGCAUAGCGGUUGAAACAGUGGGCACAGCAGCCAUGAACCAGCUUCUGCUACAACUAAGGGAGGAGCUGGCUGCAGUUUGGCGAGAAAAGGAUGCUGCCAGGGGUGCUAUAUCAAGACCAAUCCUGGAGGGAGCCUUGGGGACUUCCCGGGCUGAGGCUGCAGCAGCUGCCUGGGAGAAAAUGGAGGCCCGGUUGGAGCGGGUGCUGGUGAGGUUGGAUAGGGCAAAGACAGGACUACAGGUGAAACCUGCCCAGGAGUCCAGAGAGGGAGCCCCAAAGGCAGCCCUAGGGAGCAUCAAAGAGGAUGAGGGGAAGGAGAAGAGGUCUCCUGGGGUUCGAGGAGAGCCUCUAGGGGCCCCUGGAAGAGAACAGACCCCAGGAGGAGGCUUGGCAAAGGGUCACCUGGAGAAGGAAGUGUCAGCACUGAGACUGAGCAACAGCAACUUGAUGGAGGAGUUGGGGGAGCUGGGGCGCGAGCGGCAGAGGUUGCAGCGGGAGCUGCAGUCGCUGAGCCAGCGGCUACAGCGAGAGUUUGUGCCCAAGCCAGAGGCGCAGGUCCAGCUGCAGCAGUUGCAGCGGAGUGUGGGGCUACUGACGGAAGAACUGGCCGUGGAGAAGGAGGCCACAGAGAAGCUGCGUAAGCGCCUGGCCUCCCAGAGCAGCAGCCUUCGAGGGCUGUGGGACUGCUUGCCCCUAGACCUGGUGGGCAAGGGGAGUGAGUGGGGCACAGCGGCCCAGCCCCUGGAGGAGCUGCAGGCCUGCAUUGGCGCCCUGGUGGACCGGCAUCGAGAGGCCCAGCAGGUGCUGGCGCGGCUGGAGGAGGAGAACCAGCAGCUGCGGGGGUCCCUGGCCCCCCGUGGGGAGCCAGGUGCCUCCUCAAAGCCCCCAGCACCCCCCCAAGUGGCUGCUUUGGAGCAAGACCUAGGGAAGCUGGAGGAAGAGCUGCGAGUUGUUCAGGCCACAAUGAGCGGAAAGAGCCAGGAGAUUGGGAAGCUCAAGCAGCUGCUGUAUCAGGCUACAGAGGAGGUGGCAGAGCUGAGGGCCCGGGAGGCGGCCAGCCUGCGGCAGCACGAGAAAACUCGGGGCUCGCUAGUGGCCCAAUCCCAGGCUUGGGGUCAGGAGCUGAAGGCUCUGCUGGAAAAAUACAACACAGCCUGCCAGGAAAUGGGUCGGUUGCGGGAGGUUGUGGCGGAGGAGCGACGCAGGAAUAGGGACCUGGCAGCGCAGGCUGCCGAGCAGGAGCGACAGGCCAGGGAGAUGCGCGGGCGAUCUGAGCAGUUCGAGAAAACAGCUGAGCUGCUGAAAGAGAAGAUGGAGCAUCUGAUUGGGGCUUGCCGAGACAAGGAGGCCAAGAUUAAGGAGUUGUUGAAGAAGUUGGAGCAGCUUUCAGAGGAGGUUCUAGCAGUUCGGGGAGAAAAUGCCCGCCUUGCCCUGCAGUUGCAGGAGUCCCAGAAGAACCAUGAAGAGAUCAUCGCUAUCUAUAGGAAUCACCUGCUGAAUGCUGCUCAGGGCUACGUGGAACAGGAUGUAUACAAUAUUCUACUGCGAAUCCUCAGCACACAGGAGGAGUGA